AUGAAGCCGGGGACUGCUCUUCCGCCGGAGGGAGCGAAGAAGCAUUUCGUUCCCGCUCCCGCUGCAGAUACUACUCUGGCCUGGGGCCAGCGGAAUCCCAAACUCCCCGUCCGCUGCGAAUGUCUCCGCCAUACGCCGCUUGAGCCCUGGAGUUCCAAGGCAACAAACAUUUCGUUCUGGCUGGUUGCGCCAAAAUCAAUCUCUCUCCAGAGCUCGAAACCAUUUGCCAUGAUUGCAGUCGUUGUUUUACCUCAACCAGGCAACAAAUUUUCCCUUCACUCCCCAUCCCUUGUGCUCGGGGAAAGAGCUCUCGAAAGCUCCAUCUCGCCCUAA